GCGAAGGAGCAAGAGGGGGCGGGCCUGCCUCCGUCACGCCUUCCAAUUGGCUGCGUUGAGACCUUCCAACAUGGCAGCGCCCGGCUCGGCUCUAAAUUGCGAGGAUUUCGCUGAGUUUCAGGAAUUGCUCAGGGUAACAAGAACAAUUGAUGACAGGAUAGUCCAUGAAUUAAAUACUACAGUUCCAACAGCUUCUUUCGCAGGAAAAGUUGAUGCUAGGCAAACUUGUGAAGAACUUCAUCAUUCGUUGAAAGAAGCUCACGAAAGUAGGGAGAGAAUAAUCAAAAGCUGUAUUGCCCAAACUUCUAAUGUAGUAAAACUUCUGCAGGAAGAGAGGAAGAAAUCUCCAGAUGACAUAACACUACUAAAACAACUCAGGAAAGAGCAGACAAAAUUGAAAUUAAUGCAGUCAGAGUUAAAUGUUGAAGAAGUGGUAAAUGACAGAAGCUGGAAGAUAUUUAAUGAACGCUGCAGAACUCAUUAUAAGCCCCCAAAGACACAAUAAUGCAAAUGCGGGGGAAGAUUCCCCUGAAAGUGGUCUUCAGUAAUGCAAAUAAACUGGAAAAGAAACAUGGAACAAAAUGCAUGGGACCUCUUGAAAAAUGAUACCCACGGGAUCUAUACAAUGAGUGAUUUUGCUAAUAAAGAUAAAUCAACUGUUAAUUUGUACAAGACAUAUGAGAAGAAAAAAACAUUAAAAAAUAUUCAGAUGGAA